GUCCGGGCCCUCCAGGGCUUUAAAGGUCUGCACCACUGGAGCAAGAAAUACAGUUUGACUCUCUUUCCCUGCCUCUCUACAUAAACAUGGCCCCGAAAUCUUACCGCAUCGUCGUCCUCCCCGGUGAUGGUAUCGGGCCUGACGUCGUUGCACAGGCAACUCGCGUCCUGGAGCUCGUAUCGUCCACCUCUUCGACGGUCAAGCUCAACCUCGAGGCCCAUGACUUCGGUGGCAUUGCUAUUGAUAACCACGGAGAUCCUCUUCCGCCUUCGACGCUCAAGGCUUGCCAGGAGGCUGAUGCAAUCUUGAUGGGCUCUGUCGGCGGACCCAAAUGGGGUCCCGAGCUGAAGGUGCGCCCCGAGCAGGGCCUGCUCGGUCUACGCAAGGCCCUCGGCCUGUACGCCAACGUCCGCCCCGCCAACUUUGCCUCCGACUCCCUCCUCAACUACACCCCCCUCCGCCCCGAGAUCGCCAAGGGCGUCGACAUUAUCGUCAUCCGCGAGCUCAUCGGCGGUCUCUACUUCGGUCCGCGCCAGGAGCAGGGCGACGGUGACAGCGCGUACGACACGAUGGUGUACACCGUGCCCGAGGUCCAGCGCAUCACCCGCGUCGCCGCCCAGAUCGCGUUGUCCGCAAACCCACCCUUGCCCAUCCACUCGAUCGACAAGGCCAACGUGCUCGCGAGCUCACGCCUCUGGCGCAAGGUCGUCGUCGAGACCCUUGCAAAGGAGUACCCCCAGCUCACCCUCGACCACAUGCUCGUCGACUCGGCUGCUAUGGUGCUCGUCUCGAAUCCCAAGAAGCUGAACGGCGUCGUUCUGACGGAGAACCUGUUCGGUGACAUCUUGUCGGACGAGACCAGUGUCAUUCCCGGGUCGUUGGGUCUUCUGCCUUCAGCUUCGCUCGCUGGUGCCCCCGCCCUGCCAUCCGCCGCCAACUUUAAGCCAACUUCGGGCAUUUACGAACCGAUUCACGGCUCGGCACCGGAUAUCGCAGGCCUGGGUAUCGCCAACCCCAUUGGCACGAUCCUUAGCGCUGCGAUGCUACUGCGAUACUCCCUCGGUCUCGAGAAGGAGGCGCAGGCCGUCGAGACCGCCGUACGGAAGGUUCUGGACGACCCAAGUGCCGGAGGGCUCGGUCUCCGCACCGCCGAUCUCCGUGGCAAGGCAACAACCGUGGAGCUCGGCGACAAGGUCGUGGAGCUGUUGAAGGCGAGCCUCUAAGUUAUCACACAAGAGAGAAGAAACGCACUGUAUUUUAUACGAGCUUUGCUGUUGGACUACAUGUUUGCAAGAGCCAUUCCCAUAUUAUCCGGAACAGAGAAACG